GCGGAAGUCAUUGACACUCCAUGUUUACGGAAGACAGUAUCCUCCUUUUGUGGAGGAAUAUACUUUUCACUAUGUGGGACCAUGAAAUCAGAGCCAUGGCGUCCACUCACUGUAUCCUCGCAGCCUCGGUGUUCAUGGCGACUGUCCUACCUGCGGUGCUCGUGCCGGGCUUCUCGGUGAACGGGACUCACCUGCUGUGGAUCUACUCGGUGUCUGGGGCGGUGGUCUCGGUCAGUGUCGCCGUCUUCUGGCUGCUCGGCAUCACACCGCCCACCAAGAAGCACACAGUGGGAUACAAGCUGUCCAGAUUGUUUCGUUCCUGUGUGUACUUCUUCCUGUCGUGCUUGUUCUUCCACUCUGUGGUUGUCCUCUAUGGAGCUCCGCUGAUUGAAUCAGCCUUGGAGACGUUCUCCCUUGCUGUGCUGUUAACCUCUCUGACCACACUGAGGUGCCUCUGUGUCCUCGGCCCAAACAUCCAGGCCUGGAUACGAGUGUUCAGUCGACAUGGAGCCAUGUCUGUAUGGGACACCUGUCUGCAGAUCACUGUGGCCUGCACGUUGGUAGGAGCCUGGAUUGGAGCAUUUCCAAUACCUCUGGACUGGGACAGGCCAUGGCAGGUCUGGCCUGUCUCCUGCAGUCUGGGCGCUAUGAUUGGUUUCCUGACCGGGCUUGUCGCUGCUCCUGCGUGGAUCCACUAUCAUCGCAAACAGCUCACAUACAAGUGCAAGUGACAGAGAGACGAGCCGUGUGUUUGUGUGAAUGUGGAGGACGUUUCCUGUAACCCUGCUGUUUUGCUUUGACAUGAUUAUUUAUUGGGAACUCUCACUGUGUUUGCUUCCUGUAGGAAAGAUGAUUUUUUUUUUAUAAGACUUACCUAACGAGCAAUAUAUCAUUUUUUACACAUGAAGGCUGAAUAUGUUCCUCAAGACUUUUGACAUGAAUAAAGCAUUACUUCUUUC